ACUCUGCUCACAGCGCCACUCAUGUACUGCUACUUUGACACCAAUCCAAAAACCACGUCAUUAAAAUGUUUGUUUGGUACGGUUGGGACUAGCUGGAGUAAAAUCGGGCCAAGUGGAUAACAUAAUAAUAAAGCGCAAUUGCCGCCGGCGAUUUUCCCGGCACCGACGAAUCUCUGCCGGAAUCACCCUCUUUACUAGCACUGCGAGGCUUUGAAACGGAAGUACUUCGGUACUGUGUUUUAAUUUGGAGACCUGUUUGGAACGAUAAAUAUACGUAUGUGUGUGUAUAUUUUAUAUCACUGAUGUUUAGAAGCAAUAAUUAUAAUGUCACCGCGAGGAUUUUCCAGCGCCAGAUUCGGACUCCUGCUCCUGGCACUUCUUUUCACUGUGCCAGACGAUUUUAUGAAAAUAUAGUCCCAAGCUGUACCAUUUAUGAUGCUGAAUGUCCGGAUCAUUCAUUUCGCAAGUUCACUGAAGAUGGACAGUAUCUCAUAAGCUUCAGUAGGAACCAUCAGGAUCUUAUUGUGUAUAGACCAUCAUGGCUGACAUUUUCAUGCAAAGAAGAAGAUUGUGAUGGUCAAGAUCUUCCCUUGAAAGCCAGGAAAUUUGAGAGCUUCUUCAGCCAACUAUAUAGUGUACCACUUGCAUCCAGUAGUGAGCUAAUAUGCAAAGACUUCUUUCUCUACAUAGAGAGUAACCAAUUUGGACUGUUUGCUACUUCAACUCCACAAGUUCAUGACGCUCCUGCGAUUGGAGGAGCUGUACAUGGAGUCCCUUCAGUUGAAAAAAUAACAUUCCACCUUCUAAGAUUGGGAGAUGGGGUCAUUCUUGAUGAGAGGGUCUUUCGCAAUGAUUAUGUCAAUUUGGCUCACAGCAUGGGAGUUUUCUUGUAUGAUGAUUUACUGGCUAUUGUGUCCCUUCGAUAUCAAAAAAUACACAUUAUUCAAAUUAGAGAUUCAGGGACCCUUGUUGAUGUACGAGCCAUUGGGGAAUUUUGCCAAGAAGACGAUGAACUGUUUCUAAAUUCAAGUUAUCAGUGCACAGCGAAUGGUGACAGGAGCAGGCAGCACCAUGUCCCUGUGGAUCAUGUUGGCCAGAGCGACAAUCAUAACCAGCCCAGUCCAGAGAACUCUUUCCUGAGUGGUAUAAAACAGAGAAUGCUUUCAUUUAUAUUUCAAGGCAUAUGGAAUGAAGAAACUGAUGAAACUCUGAGGAUGCAACAUGUGAAGAAGAAGUUUUAUUUUCAUUUUCAAGAUUAUGUUGAUUUGAUUAUGUGGAAGGUACAGUUAUUGGACAGACAUCAUCUAUUAAUCAAAUUUGGCAGUGUUGAUGGAGGGGUCUCACGAAAUGCUGAUAAUCAUCCUGCAUUUCUUGCUGUAUAUAACAUGGAGACAACUGAUAUAGUUGCUUUUUAUCAGAACUCAGUGGAUGAGCUAUAUUUAUUGUUUGAACAAUUCUGCGACCACUUUCACGUGACAUCAAAAAGAUCACUCUAUAUGAAUUUUAUAUCAUCUCACUCUAACAACAUUCAUGUUCGUGAGCAAGUUAGGUCUAAUAAGAAUAAAGCUACCAGCUUACCCCAGUUUGUGAAGAAGAUGCUGUCUUCUUUACCUUACUGUUCCCAGUCACAGAGCCCUUCCCCAUAUUUUGACCAAUCUCUUUUUCGAUAUGAUGAAAAGCUAAUCUCUGCAACUGAGAGACAUAGACAGUGUACGGAUCACCCCAUCAAGUUCAUUUCGAGACAAUCAAAUACCCUAAAAUUUAAGAUAAAACCAGGACCUGAAGUUGGUACUGCAGAUGGUCGAGUGAAGAAGAUCUCCUCAUUUCUUUUCCAUCCCUUUUUACCUCUUGCACUCUCCAUCCAACAAACUUGGUCUUUACAGCCAGCUGUUGUAAAUAUUCAUUUUCGAAGAUAAUGGGCGUCAUUUUUUCUCCUUGGGUUUACCCAUCCAUAUCCCAACCGUGACAUCCUUGGCCUUAUUAAAAUUUUGAAUCUAGGACUGUAUAUGGUCGAUUGCUUGCAGCUGUAUAUUUGCUGCACGUGUGUGUGCCAAUAAGUACUGUGAUAAUGUCGUAGAGUAGCAGUGAUAGUGCUGAUAUAUCGGAAAUUUUAGUGCUACAAACUUCUAAUUAUGCGUGUAUUGACACAGGGAGGGGAGGGUAUUCUCCCCGGUAGAGCAGACACAAUAACAAAAUCGACUAUCCAGGCUCAUGCUUGUGAAAGUCUAAUCAGCAAUGAUGAAUUGUAGCAAGUUUACAGUUUUACUUAUUCUAGAGGGUUACAAAUUUUAUGAA